AUGGUUUUGUCAAUGUAUAAGAAGCUGUUGUAUCUGGCGGCAGUAGCUGUAUCUCCAGUAAUUGAGAAGCCCUAUUCAAAAUGCUCAGCCGAAAGCCUUCAUGUCCCUAACGGGACCAUCGCCUCGACCCAGCACCACGUUGCAGGCGAUGCCAUACCCCUUCCAAACACAGUAGCAUCCUGCGUAGGUCCAAACUUUGGAGCCAACAUAACAGCAAACCUCUGCAGGAUCGUUGUAAACUUUUCAACAAGCGACUCCAGCUCAGUCCGCAUCGAGGCAUGGCUACCAGAUGACUGGAACAAACGUCUACUAGCCACGGGUACAGGAGGUAUUGGGGGAUGCAUUGACUUCCCGUCCGUGCAGAACGGUGCGCAACUUGGUUUUGCCAGCUUUGGUACGAACACGGGCCACGACGGCGAGCAAGGCUUCGACUUCUUCCUAAACCAUCCAGAGGUCAUCAACGACUUUGGCCAUCGAGGGAUCCACAUUGAAGCCGUAGUCGCCAAGCAAAUCGUGAAGCAGUAUUACGGCAAAAGGGUAUUUAAGAGCUAUUAUCAAGGCUGCAGCACUGGCGGGCGUCAAGGUCUGCAGAAUGCUCAGCUCUACCCCGAUGACUUUGAUGGAAUUCUCGCUGGAGCACCAGGCAUCGACUGGCUUCACAUUGUGGCAUCAAAAGGCAUAUUGGCUCAACGAAUCGGAUGGCCUGAUCUGACGUCCGAAUCAUAUGUUCGACCAGAACAGUGGAAAGCGAUUGUGGCAAAACAAAUUGAGCUGCUUGACCCUCUGGAUGGCGUUGAGGAUGGUAUCAUCGACAACCCGGCCGCACACGCCUUCGACCCAGUGAUCAUGGCCUGUGGCACUGGACUACUCAACAGCCCGCUCUGCCUGAAGCCCAAGCAAAUAGCAUCUGUCAGAGCUGCGUAUGAACCCUUGGCAGACUCCGAGGACAAUAUUGUGUACCCUGGCUUUGCAUUGGGUGCCGAUACAAGCGUUUUCUCCGCAAACCAGGUCAAUGGGACCGCUGAGCUGAACUACAAAGUCUUACAGGACUUCUGGCGCGGUGCGGUCUACAACGAUUCAACCUGGACACCUCACAACUUCACCGUGAAAGACAUGGACUUUGCCAUCAAACUCAACCCAGGAGGCGUCAACGGCGCGGGAGGUGAACUUCAAAAGUUCCACGCCAAAGGAGGAAAGAUAAUAUCCUACCACGGUCAAGCGGACCAGACUAUUACACCCAAGCUGCCCGCUGAGUACUACGCCAAGGUACAAGCCAACCUCAACGUCACACUAGAUGACAUGCGCUCCUUCUACAGACUCUUCUUCAUUCCUGGGAUGUAUCACUGCUCUGGAGGUCCUGGCGCAUUCAAUAUCGGCCAGGUGUAUCCGCUGAAGAAGGAUAGACUGACAGCUGAAGAGAACGUGCUGCUGGCUUUGACGAAGUGGGUGGAGGAGGGCCAAGAACCUGAGGCUGUAGUUGGCGCCAAGUUUGGCAGCAGUGAGACUCCAGGCAAAGUAUCAGCACAAAGAAAAUAUUGUCCGUACCCUUAUGAGAGCAAAUGGGAUGGAUCUGGAAACACCACCAAGGCUGCUAGUUGGCGCUGCAAGCUUCCUGGAGCAUAA